GCCUCCAGCAUUCACAUCAAUCGUAUCUUGGACGAGGGCUUAGUAGAAUUGCUAGCUCGUCACAUUGCACGGUUGAGCUGCAACGAAGUUCCAGAAUUCUGCUUCGGAGGUGGGAAGACAGGAACGGAUCAUGCUGCUUUCAUCACACCGACUCAUCCGGACCUCGUCACAGAUCACUUUGUCAGUCUUCUCUCUGCUCUCGGCACACCUACGCCCACAAAAAUCAUCCAGAAGCACACACGCGAGGAUAUCAUCUACUCCCCUACUGGCCCACUAUGGCGAAGAUCGCCACUGUGGCUGCUCAUUCGCGUCAUCUUGCAACGCGGUCGAAUUGAUUAACCCCAAGCUCGGCACUGAUGGUACUGUCUCAGAUGGGGAGCAUCUCUUAUCCAUUGCUGACUCCAUAACUCCACCGGUUCAGGUCAUUCUGGAUGUCGGUGCCCAUAUCCUGGAUGUGGAAAAUCGUCAGGUGGCUCAGAAAUGGAUGUCCAUCUCGAGUAACGCUACCGCACAAGCUGCGUUGUUCUUCAACAACGACGAAGAGCUGAUGUUCAUAACCGCACUGGAAGGGAAGAAGCCCUGCAGGUAUCCCCUUUCUUAAAACGACUUGACGAAUGUUUAGUCUACCUCGACGAGGCGCACACUCGCGGAAUUGACCUUAAACUUCCAAAACACAAUCGCGCAGCCGUCACGCUCGGCGCAAUUUUCACGAAAGACAGGCUAGUUCAGGCUUGCAUGAGAAUGCGGAAAC